UGGGACAUAGGAGCAUGAGUCCUGGUCCUGUCCUGAGAGAGGGAGUCUCUGUGAACAUGUUGAUUACUGUGUUUCUGUCCGUGCUGCUGAUGCAGGGAGGACUUGGAGGGGCAGCGACAUCUGAGCUGCAGGUUCUUGGGAAAUCAGUCCACAGAGCUAUAAGUUUGCUGAACGGUGUUAAUGGGAGACACACAGUGAGGACGCACAUGCACCAGCAGGUAAAUAAAAGCUGGUUUUAAUUAGUUAGGGUUUGACUUUAAAGGUGAAUGAUUACUGAAUUAAUAACACUUUUUAAAUUUUUUGUUUCAUCUUACAAGUUUUACAGAGUGUGACUUGACCUUUUCGACAGUAAAGUUUCAAAUUUUCUUUCAGAAAUUGUACAUUUGAAUGUUAUGGGCCUGCUAAUGGAAUUUAUCUGCAAUAUGAAGACAUUUUGCUCAAAAUGGAAAAAUGUUAGAGGGUAAUAAUUUUCCCAGUGACAGCUCAAUAUUUCUUUUAAUCUGCAAUGUAAUUGUCAAGAACGUGACACAUGAGCGACCACAUCAUAGCCUCCGCGAGGAGUUUUUUCAUGUUCACAUAGUGGACUGAAAUUCAUAUUAAUGCCUUCCCAUGACAUCAAAAAAACAGGACUGACCAUUUUCAUAUCACUAUUUCAAAUUCAUGAAACUCUGAUGCUCUGGUUUUGCACAUUUACACAUAUAGUAUUUGCAGCAAUUUAUACAUUUGACUGUUUAGGUCAGCAAGAUGAGAUUUUUGUUUUAGAUCUCUUUUCAAACAUCAUGAGGACAAGAUAAGUUUAUUGUCCACAGGGGAUGCCAAAAUUUACACAAAUGGCAAGUUCAUAACAGGAUCUUUAGACGGCGUUGAAAAUACACCAUCCCUGCAUUAAUGUAAGGAAAAAUAAUGUCAAAGACGAUUCACGAUGCAACUAUGGACAAAAAUAGGGUUGAUACUAUUUCUAAUGUUUAAAACAAUGCUUCUUUUUUUUCUAAUUUCACUCACACCUCUCAGUAGUCUAUAGGAUUCUGUUGGGAUAGGAUUAUGUGUGCCUAUUUUCAGCAUGUUCCAAAGACUGAGUGAAAAUUCUAAAUUAAAGACAUAGUCCGAGCUCAAGUUUAUUAUUACUAUCAUAAAGGAAAUUUGAUUGCAACCGGCAUUAGAACACUGAAAAUUUACGACACCUUUCAAGAGAGUUGAUGCAAUGCUGUACUGAUACACAGUAUGAUGGCAAUUAGUCCAAUCAGUGCGUGUCAGAGUACUUGGUAUUAAGCUGAUACAUAUGUGCAUCUCUAGCAUUUGUAUCUAACAUGAUAAAAGCCUCAUUAGAUUGAAAUAAACCAAAAGUAAUAUUGUAUAUCCAACCAAAGAUGAUGACUACAAAAAGUAACCAAACUCAGGAAAGAAUACAGCAAUAACGCUGCAAAUGUAUCUGGAACAUGAAAUUAAUUUGGUAAGCAACAACUUUUUUGUAACUAAACCAAUUUAGUCAUUGCAAACGUUAGCAAAGGUGAAAAAGCAAUCGCCUAAAAUAAGCUCAAAAUGUUACUAUCAUAACCAUUUACUUCAUAAUGUAACCAAAAAAGCAAGAAAUCUGAGAAAAUAAAAAUACAAAUCUUUUGCAUACUUGCAUGAAAAUGACAGAAGGAUCUGUGAUUUAUAAAAAGUCCAAAUUCAAAAUGGAUCAUUCUCCACUCCAAAUGGUCUGAGUCACUUUGUUUUAUCUGCAGGCCAAGAGUGACCACAGCAGGAGUUUGGACUUCGAGAGCUUCAACAUCCACACCACCCCCUCCAGCAAAAUCAGCCUCCCCUUCAUCGUCAAGCUGUACCCACCCACCACCAAACCCCUGCACCUACACGCCAACAUGCCAAUGCGCUUCGGGAGGCAGAGUGGUCCCAUUGAUGACGGGGGCCAAAACUCCACCCCUAACAUGCCGCAGAGGUUUGGACGGGCUUGGGAAACAAUUUAUGUGUGCUCAGAGUGCCCGAAAGUCAAAGAGGCAGUGAACAUGGCACCGUCUCUGUUUGGUAGGAGCAGUCUGUUCUGGAACCUCCUGAGGACUGUGGUGAACGAGCGGUUACUGAGCGGUGACGCACACUGGUAGGAUCAUCUGAACUAAAACUGAUAUUAAUGUAUGUGAAACAUGGAGGCCUGUGAAUUAUAAAAAAAUAAAUAAAUAAAAUCAAAAAAUAACACAAACUGUAUUUCCUCCCUGCAGGAGUGAAGACUUUGACUUCUCAGCCAGUUCAGAAGAGGUGGAGACGCAGGGCAGCAUCCUUUAAAUGCAUUAGGAAGCAUGUAAAUAAUAAAAUUAAGUGUUUUUACUCCAAGCACAAUUAUAACAAGACAAAAUGACUUCUGACAAAAAAUGAUGUACAUUAUUCUCCUCUAUAAUCUAAAUAUGUAAUCAUGACAAAAACAUGAAAUAGUAAAAACUGAGUUUAAAGCAA